AGCAUUUUUGAACGCGGGGACGAUUCGAGGGAUCACCAAGGACGGAAAUCCCCUCGCCCUCCACACGGCUAUGUUCAUACCGGCCAUCAUGGGCCAAGGGACGAGGGAACAGCAGGAAAAGUGGCUUGGGAGAGCACUCAAGGGCGAGAUUGUUGGGACGUAUGCGCAGACGGAGUUGGGUCACGGGACGUUCCUUCGAGGGCUGGAGACGAGGGCGACCUAUGACCCGGUCAAGGAGGAGUUCGUGCUCCACUCGCCCUCCAUCACAGCCAUCAAGUGGUGGCCUGGAGGCUUGGGUAAAACAUCGAACUACGCGGUGGUGAUGGCGCAGCUGUACAUCGGUGGAAAAUGUUUAGGCCCGCACCCUUUCAUGGCGCAACUCAGGGACGAACGAACACACGAGAGUCUGCCAGGCGUAACCCUUGGCGAGAUCGGCCCGCGUUUGGGAUUGAAUACCAAUGAUAACGGUUUCCUGAAAUUCGAACACUACCGGAUCCCACGAACCAACAUGCUUAUGAAACACUCACAGGUGUUGAAGGACGGGACGUACGUGAAACCCAAGCACGAGAAGUUAGCGUACGGCACCAUGGUCUUAGUGAGGGUCGGGAUAGUCCGUGACGCUUGCAAGCAACUGCAGAGGGCCGUCACCAUCGCCACGCGCUACUCCGCCGUCCGACGUCAGUCUGAGAUUGUGCCGGGAGAACCAGAACCACAGAUCCUCGACUUCCAGACGCAGCAGUACAAGCUCCUGCCACAGAUAGCGUCUGUGUUCGCCCUUCUUUUUUCGGCCAACGACCUGGUGACCACGUACUUGCAAGUGUCUAAGGAUAUGACCAAAGGGAACAUGGAGAUGUUGCCUGAGCUUCAUUCUUUGUCCAGUGGUUUGAAGGCUCUCAGUGCCGCCGACGCUACCGAGGGCGUGGAGAUCUGCCGUCUGUCCUGCGGAGGUCAUGGGUACCUCAAAUCAUCCAACUUGCCUAGGAUCUACUCGGCGACGACCUGUGCCAUUACCUACGAGGGGGAAAACACCGUGUUGUGGUUGCAGGUGGCGAGAUAUCUAAUCAAGUCCUUCCGCGGGGGCAGAAAGUGCCAACCCCUCAGCGAGUCAGUGGCCUACCUGUCCUCCAACCCCGACGCGGCUGGCCUGCACACACUCACCAAUGAAGCCUUGGUCGAAGCCUACAAGAUAUCCGCCUUGAAGUUAGUGGUGGACACAGAGAGCAGACUUCAGAAGUUGUGUGAUAUGGGUCAGAACUUCCAUCACGCUUGGAAUAAUUGCUCAGUCUUGCUAGUCCGAUGUGCUCAG